CCCCCCAGCAGAGACCAGAGGAGGCAGUCGAAACUCAUUCUGUGUGCGUGAGAGAGAGAGACAGACAGGCAGGAGCGAGCAUAAAUACAUGGGAAAGCAAGCCAGGCAACUGUGUACACAGCAGCAAUUCAGCAGGGAGAAGUUGGAGAACAAGACUGGAGGUGAACUUCGAAAAGUACAGUGGAAAUAGAUACUAACUUCUAAGCCACAGAGCAUCAAGGCCUGGCACACGUUUUCUCAGCAGGUAUUUGGGACUUUAAUCUCCUGUCCUCACCUGCCCUCUGCACAGGUACAAACACAUAGAAUCAUGUCUUUGGCAGUGAAGGAGAAGACCCAAGUGCGUCUGGUCUUCCUGGGUGCAGCUGGAGUGGGCAAGACAGCAUUGAUUCAUCGCUUCCUGCUGGAUACCUUUGAGCCAAAGCAUCGGCGGACAGUGGAAGAGUUGCACACCAAAGAGUAUGAGGUGAGUGGAGCUACCAUUAAAGUUGAGAUCCUGGACACCAGUGGUAGCUACUCCUUCCCAGCCAUGCGUAAACUUUCCAUCCAGAACAGUGAUGCCUUCGCUUUGGUUUACGCUGUGGACGACGCUGAAUCCUUUGACUAUGUCAAGACUUUGCAUGAUGAGAUCCUUGAACUGAAAGAGGAUAAGUUUCCACCCAUUGUGGUGGUGGGCAACAAGGCAGAAGCAGGAGGGCUUAGACAGGUAUUACCUGAGGAUGCCCUUUCCUUGGUGGAGCUUGACUGGAACAGUCGUUUUCUGGAGACAUCGGCUAAAGAAAAUGAAAACGUGGUGGAGGUCUUCAGAGAGCUACUCCAGCAAGUCAACCUGCCCAGCCGACUGAGCCCUGCCCUGCGCCGAAGGCGGGAGACUUUUCCCAAGGAGCCACCACUGAGGCCCCCCAUGAACAAAGCCAACAGCUGUACAGUCUGUUGAACUCUGCAAGGACCGUAGCUGCAAGACUUUUUGAAAACUCUUGUGGGCUGAGUACAGAGACUAGGUUGCAUCCAUUGUAUCAGUGUUGUGGUAUUCUCUCAUUUAGGGGCUCAGGAAACCUGAGCAAAAUGUGAUGGUUUGUCAUAAUACUGUAAUUUCCACUUGUGGGGGAGGGCCCCAAAGCCACAAAUUUGUGUGCCAUUUCAUGCAUUCAGUUUUGAGUUGCAGCAUAAGAAUUGGGAUGCCUUUAAUGCCUGAGAAUCCUAGUUCUGUCCUGUUUUCAUUAUUCAUACCUGGUGUUAAUGCAGAGAUAGAAAAAAUGUGAAUAGCUAAGUUACAUUCUUGUUAUGGAUCCAGCUUGGUCAAGGUGAAUGAUCAGUGUAUGGUCACACAGACAAGUGUCUGUGGCAACACAGACAAAAUUCUGUGAGCCAUAUCACUGAAGUCAGGAGUUUGGAACUGCCAAAAGAAACAUUUCUUUAAUGGAACACCUGUUUAUUUCAUCAGACACUGAAUGACAGAACAUUUCUUUACAUGUUUGAAGCUGGGAAAGGAAGAAUGAAUUGUUGUCCAUGGAACAGCAAGUGCAUGUAUAUAUAUAUAUUGUGCAAGUGUGCAUGGAUCACUUUCCACACAAUCAGUGUUACUGCUUCUAGUGUUUGCAUUGAGUAUUUGCAUGGAUGUGGUCUAGUGCAGGUUUUGUUUGCAGUGAAGUAACCACUGUCUGAGGCAUCUGUGCAUCGUGGCAUUGUGGAAAGAAGUGUAUGUUACCUGGCAAUUUGGUCUGUGCCUCACUGUGUAUUACCUGCUUAGGGUUUUUUUAACCUUUUCAAAUGUAUCUAAUAAAAGAAACCUAAACUGCAAAAA